UUUUUUUUUUGUCUUUUUCUUUUCUUUUUUUAUAAUUUCAUUCAUUCUUUUUAUUUUCCAUCUCCAAUAUCAUGUUACGUAGUCUUCUUACCCGUCCCACUUUGAUCAAGACAAUAUCAUCUCGGUCAUUCUCUUCUCCUGUCGAAACUGCUGGACUUUCAUUUGCUUUGACAGAAGAACAAAAGUCUAUGCAAGAACUUGCUCGAAAAUUUGCUCGAGAAGAGAUCAUUCCUGUUGCUGCUGAACAUGACCAAACUGGCAAAUAUCCUACAGAGGUGAUCAAAAAGGCUUGGGAACUUGGUUUGGUCAAUACUCAUAUUGAAUCGACUUAUGGAGGAAUGGAACUAGGUGUUUUAGAUAGUGCUCUUAUCACUGAAGAAUUGGCUUAUGGUUGUACUGGGAUUCAAACCGCUAUUGAAGCUAAUAAUUUGGCAGAAGCACCUUUGGUUGUUGCUGGCAAUGAUGAACAAAAACGCAAGUACCUUGGACGAAUGACGGAAGCACCCUUGAUGGCAUCAUAUGCAGUGACAGAGCCUGGAUCUGGGUCGGAUGUGGCCGGAUUACGUACAACUGCAGUGAAAAAGGGAGAUCAAUGGGUAUUGAAUGGUCAAAAGAUGUGGAUCACCAACAGUGGACAUGCUAAUUGGUUCUUUGUAUUGGCAAGAACAGAUAUGGAGGCCAGUACGGGUAAGGCAUUCUCUGGAUUUAUUGUUGAUGCUGAUACACCUGGUAUUCACAUUGGACGCAAGGAAAUCAAUAUGGGUCAACGUGCAUCGGAUACUCGUGGAGUGACGUUUGAAGAAGUAGUGGUACCUCAUGAGAAUUUGUUGGCUAGUCCUGGUCAAGGUUUCAAAAUCGCCAUGAAUGCCUUUGAUAUCACUCGUCCUUUGAUUGGUGCUGCUGCUGUUGGUUUGGCUCGACGUGCUAUGGAGGAAGCCACUCGUUUUGCUUUGGAACGUAAAACCAUGGGAACUGAAAUCUUUAAUCAUCAAGCAGUUGCUUUUAUGUUGGCAGAUAUGGCAAUUGGAAUUGAAAGUGCAAGAAUGAUGGUUUAUAAUGCUGCUUGGCUUCGAGAUCAUAAUAUCAAGAAUACAUGGCAUGCAUCCAUUGCCAAGGCAUUAGCAAGUGAUGUCGCCAACAAAGCCGCUACUGAUGCCGUGCAAAUCUUUGGAGGCAAUGGUUUCAAUACUGAAUACCCUGUGGAAAAACUGAUGCGUGAUGCCAAGAUCUUCCAAAUUUAUGAAGGUACCUCUCAAAUUCAACGUCUGAUUAUUUCUCGUGGAUUGGCUGAUAUGGCAAAAUCAGGUGCUAGUGGUCUUGGUGGAUUAUAAAAAAAAAAAAAAUAGAUAAAUAGAUGAUGAUAUAUUUUCUACGAAUAAAGGACAAUAAAAAACAAAUCAAAAGGGUUGUAUCUUUUUUUUUUUUUUAUUCUUUAA